AUGCUGGCAAACGUUCAUGAAGUCUGGGACUAUGUGAAUCCAAAAGGAACCAAGAUUAAUACUAAGCCAAGAUUGGAAUUCCCAGACCCAAAAGACCUCAGACAAGAAGAACGAGCAAACUAUAGCAACGUUAUCAGCUAUGGAAAAGCUAUCUAUCAAGAAGAAAAAGACCAAUACAACCAGGUUCGGCGAAGUCUUCUAGAAAUUCACAGUUGGAUCAUGAACACUGUAGCAGCCACUUAUAUCAGCCAAGUCAGCAAGGAGCAAACAGUCAGGGAUAUCAUAAAAGCUCUUGAAAAACAGCUAGCGCCAGACAACUUUGGGAGACAACAAAUGGUAUUGGAAAGAUAUAACAAGCAUAUGCUAUCAAUCAAAAGAGCAAAACUUGGAGGAUGGCUCAUAAUCUAUCGAGAAAUCAUGGAUGAAGCCCAAACAAUCGGAAUCCCUGCUCUCAGCGAUCCAGUUACUCAAGUCUCUGAGUUCUUGAAAGCAGUCAAGCAAAUUGCACCAGAUUACUACACAUCUGCCUCUUACGACUUCACAAAGCGAUACAAGGAUGACCCAACCUACAGUUCGAUCAGCAAGACUGCUGGAAUUGAGCAAGCUAACGAUUUCCGCAGUUGGGUGAGAACUUUCCACCCAGACUGGCUGAAUGCUGCUCCAUUAAAAGACACGAGUUUCGCUACUUGGCAAGGAGAAAACGAACAAGGAAUAAAACAGGGGGCAAAACGAGAGCAAAAGUGUGCAGCUUGCCCAAACGAAAGUCACCGAUUUGUUGAUUGCAAACAUGCCAACCCUAAGAAGCGAGGCCCAAACUAUCAUGAAGAUAAUCCAGAAAAUAAGAAAGCACUGGAAAGAUUGAAUGAGUAUCUCCAGAAGAAACCACACUUAAAGAGAAUAGUUGAAAAACUACGAAAAGGGGCAAGCGAUCAAAACACUACACAAUCAUCAUCCCACUAUACUCAAGAAGUGUCUGAUGGAGAAGGAUCACUCUCAUCUUUCGUCACUAUCGUCAAUCAAGGAGAAGCAAGUCUCUAUUCAGGAUUCCCACUGUCAGACAGUGUGAUAGUAGACUCAGGAACAGGAUUCCACAUCUGCAACGACUCCUCAAGACUUCAUGAUCUCGACUACACAGUCACAAAAGACUUCACCACUGGAGGAGGAGAUGUACAUGCAAUUGCGAAAGGCACAAUGAUCAUCAAACCAAACCAAGGCGGCAAAUCCAACAACAAGGAGAUCAAAGUCAGAAAUGUAUGGCUUGUGCCUGGAUACCCAACAUCGCUCCUUGGGACAGAACCGCUGAAGCAAAAAGGGAUCAUCUUUACAACAGGAAUACCGGGUCUUAUCGACUCAAAAGGCAGACUUCUAUUCAAAACACCAAACCGAUAUGGUCAAUACAUUAUUGAAGCUGGCCCAGCUCUGCUGAACAAUACCUCGUUCAGCAAUACCGAGAAGACUGUGAGAUUCAGCCCAACCGUAGAAAGGAAACCAACCAAAGGUUUUCAGUCAACAAGACAACCACUCCCAACAUCAUCAGCAGAAGCUAAGUUGUGGCAUGAGAGACUUGGUCAUCCAGGCGCUGAGGGACUGGAACAGCUACUUAAAACAGCUCUUGGGAUACAGAUAAAAGGAAUCACAAAAGUGGAAUGUGAUGCCUGUGCUGUUGGGAAGGCAACUCGCCAAAUUUCCCGCAGAAACCCAGACCAUUGGCCAACUGCUGUAGGAGAUUAUCUAUCUCUCGACUUCUUUACACUUAGCAAAGCAUACAAUGGGGAGAAGGUAAUCCUGCUGGUCAGCGAUGGCUGGUCAGGGUUCUUCUGGAUAAGAACUCUUCGUACUCGAAAGGAGGGACUACAAGCUAUGACAGAAUUAGCAGCAUACCUCGAGAGACAGUGCUUUAUCAAAAUCUCUAUUCUACGCCUAGAUUGGGAGGUUGCUUUACGCAAUGCGUUUGAACUAUGGGCAGCUGUGAAUGGAUAUAUGAUUGAAAGAUCAGCUGAGUACACUGGUGCUCAAAACCCAGCAGAAAGAGCUGGAGGUGCUGUGUUUAUGAUCAUGAGAGCACUUCGAUUUCAAUCUCGCUUUCCUGAAUUGAUGGCACCAGAGCUGGCAAAAGCAGCAGUUUAUCUGUCAAACAGAUUGCCUCGAAGACGCCACAAGUAG